CUCACAUUUAGCUUUCCAAUUGAUUUGCUUCUGUUUGUGUUCGUGAUUGCCGGGUAUUUUAGGAGUUCAUGUCCAUUUCGAAAUUAGGGUUUCGCUUGCUCUUUAAUUCCCAAUCUAAAAGUAAUAGCUUUACUGCCCCUGGAUUCGAUCAGAUCAUAUUGGUUUGCAAUUCUAUUUGUUUGAUGCGCUCACCAUAAUAUUAUUGUUAUUUCAACACAUGAUUUUCCAACGAAUUUCGAGCAAAUUGAACAAGGUUUUGGGGAUCAAGGAGUUUGUUUCUCAAAUAUUCUUAAUUGGGAUGGAUUGAAUGGGAGAUUGAAAAGUCUUUUUUAUUUUUGGUGAAUAAUGUUUAUCUGAAUUGCUUUUUGUUCCGUCAGCUGUAGGAUCCCCAUUAUUAUCAAUGGCACUGAUUAAUUUUUCGGAGUCUCCGAGAUGAGGAAUGGGGAAGAAUCCUAAGACAGUUUUGGGUUAAGAAGGCAUGAGUUUUGUUUUCCGGGGGACAAGAGCAGAUAUAGAAAGUGGAUUUCCAGGAUUUGUACCUGAGCAGCGUCCAAUGCGUGUACAUUCUGCACGUCCAGUUAGUUCCAACUCACUUACUUUCCUUGUUACAGUUUUAUUGCUAUUCAUGAUACUGAACUCGCACCAGAUGUCACCUAACUUUCUGCUAUGGCUUGUGCUCGGUGUCUUUUUGAUGGCCACAACAUUAAGGAUGUAUGCAACUUGCCAGCAACUUCAAGCUCAAGCCCAAGCUCAUGCUGCGGCAGCCAGUGGCCUUGUCGGUCAUACUGAAUUGCGCUUGCACAUGCCACCAUCCAUAUCACUGGCAACAAGAGGACGUCUGCAGGGCCUCAGGCUUCAGCUUGCUCUUCUUGACCGUGAAUUUGAUGACUUGGAUUAUGAAACAUUGAGAGCGCUGGAUGCUGAUAAUGUUCCAACAGCUUCUUCUAUGAGUGAGGAAGAGAUAAAUGCUCUUCCUGUUCAUAAAUACAAGGUUGCUGGUUCUCAAACUGGUGCCUCUUCUAUGCAACAGGCCUCAUCUUCAGCAUCCGUUGAGCAGAAGCAAGGAACCUCUAGCGGUGCAGCUGGGAACACUAAGGCCUCAGAAGAUGAACUGACUUGUAGUGUUUGCUUGGAGCAAGUUAAUGUGGGAGAACUCAUCCGGAGCUUGCCAUGCUUGCAUCAGUUCCAUGCUAACUGCAUUGACCCUUGGCUAAGGCAACAAGGAACAUGUCCUGUAUGUAAAUUCCGGGCGGGAUCCGGUUGGCAUGAAAAUGGACAAGAUGAAGUGGAUGCUUCUUAUAUGGUUUAAAUCCUCUCCACUCAGACACUGAUUUAACUAGUGAAUGCCUCUGCCUGAAGGGGCUUUCCAUCGACUAAAAAGGGGUUGUCUAUAGAGUAUAGAGAAACUAUUUUUUAAGUUAUUGGCUUAUUGCCAGCAUCUAUUGUAAUUACCUUGACAUAGGCAUCUAGAUGAGUGACAGAGCACUCUUUGGUCGACUUCACCGCUUUUUUUUUUUUUUUUUUUUUUUUUUUGGGUGAAAGUAACAUAAAAAACUCUGUUACUUUGAUGCUGGUUGAUUCUAGUAUUACACACCCAAACCAAUGUGCAAUUGCCUAUAGGAGUAGAAACGGGGCCUUGUUACAAGAACAGACGUUUAUUCUAUUAAAAUCUCUUCUUAA